AUGAACGCUCUGUUAUAUCGCCCUGUCCUCGCCAGAGCUCCCUGGGUGUGCAGGACCUGCCAGUCGCAUUUCUCGACAACAGCAAUUCUAUCGCAUAAACGGACGAGGAAUUCUCUCCCUGAUGCGCCAGCACGAACUCGUUUUGCGCCCUCGCCGACGGGAUACCUCCAUCUCGGAUCGUUGAGGACGGCGUUGUUCAACUACCUGCUCGCAAAACGUACCGGAGGCCAGUUCCUUCUCCGCAUUGAGGAUACAGACCAGAAAAGGACGGUUCCCGGAGCAGAGCAGAGGCUAUACGAUGACCUAGAAUGGGCUGGGAUUCAAUGGGACGAAGGUACGGUUUCGACCGAGCGUCUCAUUUCGAGCGGCCAUGCAUACAGAUGCUUUUGCACUCCGGAACACCUCGAUAGCGUUGCCCGGCACCGUAACGACCUAGGCUUAACCCCGGGAUACGAUCGAACUUGCGCCGGAGUAUCACAGGGGGAGUCGGAUGAGCGAGCGGCGAAAGGAGAGCUUCACGUCACUCGUCUCCGAGUGACUGAUCAGUAUCCCAUGUUCAAUGACCUUGUGUACGGGAAGACUGGUCAGAACCGCCCGGCCGGACAGCGAGGAGGACACGAGGGUGUAUUCCCAGACCCAAUUCUCAUAAAAUCCGAUGGCCACCCAACAUAUCAUCUUGCCAAUGUUGUGGAUGAUCACUUUAUGAAAAUCACCCACGUUAUCCGCGGCACUGAAUGGAUGGCUUCAACCCCGAUGCAUAUGGCGCUGUAUAAUGCCUUUGGAUGGACACCACCGCAAUUCGGCCACGUCCCUCUACUGGUCGACAUGAACGGUCAGAAGCUCAGCAAGCGUAAUGCCGACAUAGAUAUCUCGUUUUUCAAAGACCAACAAGGAAUUUUCCCGGAGACGUUAGCUAACUUUGCUGCACUCCUUGGGUGGUCUCAUACUCGCAAAUCGGAUGUCUUCAGUUUAGAUGAAUUGAAGGAAACCUUCGAUUUAAAACUCACCAAGGGGAACACUGUCGUUGCCUUUGAGAAAUUGUGGUUCCUGCAGAAAGCGCAUGCGAAGCGUUAUGCUACCGAAGGUGGCCCUCAGUUUGAUAUUAUGACACAGCAGGUUGUCAACGCUGCAAAUGACCUAUUCGCACCGGAACAACUGUCACCUAUCCUUAAGGGCCGCCCGUUGGAUAAAUAUGUGGCAUCUCUCCUUCGAGAGGGAGCUCGAUCAUAUACAACCGCCAAAGACUUUAUUAGCCAAAAUAUAUCGUUCUUUACACAGACGAUGGAUCGACCGCCAUAUACCUCUGCGGCGGCAGCUAAAAACCCAUCAACUUACAUACAGCCGGCUGUCCCCAUUUCUACUCUCCAUACAGCUGCUGCUGCACUAUCCAUGGUCCCCGAGGAGCAUUGGACAGUCGAAACCCAUCGUGCAAAUAUUUCAUCCUACAUAUUCUCUGACUCCCCAGCGUCCACCUCCGAUGGGGAUGCUACCUCAGCAAAGAUGGAACAGGAUGCCAGGAAAGAGCUUUUCCAUUAUCUGCGCUGGGCACUUUCUGGGGGAGCUCCUGGUAUUGGAAUUCCCGCCAGUAUGGAAAUAUUAGGACGGGACGAAACAAUCCGUCGAUUACAGAGUGCGAGAGAAGCUACUAAGAGCCUGCUACCUAGUAAUUCAACAUCUGGAAAAACCGCUCCUGAGAUGAGCGAGGGAACUGCGGACUCUAAAGCCUGGAUGGGAUCACUGGCUGGGUUGGCCAAGUAA